AUGUUUGGGCCCGAUGGAAGCUCCCGCACUCCGGCCCUGAAGGCUGAAAGCUCGCGCGAAUUGCACGGCAUGCUGCCACGCUCGACUCGAGACAAAGCGGGAGGUCGGAGAACACGACACGGUUUAGGAUGGAGAGGGGAGAGGAGAGGGUGGCGAGGGAGGAAAGGGAGGAGAGGGAGGAGUGUCAUUCAAGGAGGGGCAGGCACCAAGGGCAACAACGAGACCCGUCCUCAAUCACCCGGAGCUGCAGCCCUGCAGCGGACACAAAGUGCUCACUCAGCACCAACGUUGAUCAGAGAUCAGGAUCCUAUCCUCGUACUCGUACUGUGCGAAAGUACUGGACAAUGCUUACGCGACUUCGCCAAUCUGGCAGGCGGCACGCAAUAUGCAGCUGAAUGCUGUGUGGGGUCUCGGCCACUGUCCACAAUCAAGGUGGCUGGCUGGGGACUUGUCCGCUGUCGCUUUGCCUCGACGAGUGGCAUUCCGUCGCCCAGUUUUACCAACCGGCGGCUGCACACAUAUUGGGAAUUAUGGAUGGCUUCGUGGAACAGCAAUGUACGGAUUCCCAUGUCGCGAAUGCAUCUCGCCGUCUACAUCCAGCCUUCCGGGCUUCAUCCACUUCGUCGGGCCUGCCCUCGAGAUGUCAAGUUUCAUGACUCGUGCUGGGGUCUUCCACAGACACAGACAGCGGCACAGCCAUCCGGGAGCCGGCAGGGGCCGAUUAGUUGGAGCCUGGAUGACAGCGAUCACCCCACGAAGUUGAUUCACACUCGAAGAUGUAGUCCAAUCCGAGGGCCAUCAGCGUCACCCUCACAAACAGAGUGCGACGACCCCUUUUCAUCUGGCACCCUUGAAAAAACAUCUCGAAAUUCAACCAUUGACUUCCUCGCGCACCAGGUUCCCUGA